UCCGUGUCAAUUUCCUGUUUUGAGGACUGAAUUGCAAAAUCAUCAAAAAAAUCCCAGGACAAUGACUCAGUAGCUUUAAAUCGGCCGACUUGGUGUGUGUGUGUGUGUGUGUGUGUCUGUGCCUGUGUGAUUUGGUCUCCUCCACAACAAGGACAGCGCAAUCUCCCUCCGGAUCGGCUCCAUCGCCUUUCUUUUUUUUUUAAACACCGCGCAGUGUACCUUUAAAAGGUUGACCUCGCCGAUCUACAAUCUGCGAGCUGUGGAUUGUUUUCCCACUCGGCUCAGCUGUGUGUAGACUACCUUCCAGCAGUGACAUGGCAUAGAGGUGGUUUGCUGUCAGCAGCAACAGCAACAGCAGCAGCAGCAGCAGCAGCAUCAUCCUGCGCCAUGGAGGCUCUCCGACAGCCGCUGAAGACGAUGCUGCCGCCCGUGUGGAUCUUACUGAUCACGGUGUACGGAUUGAACGCGGAGGGCGACGGAAUGGAAGAACUUGCCACGGAGAAGGAGGCAGAGGAAAGUCACCGACAGGACAGCGUUAAUUUGCUGACAUUCAUUUUACUGCUGACCUUAACCAUUCUUACCAUAUGGCUCUUUAAGCACAGAAGGGUCCGUUUCCUUCACGAAACCGGACUGGCAAUGAUUUACGGUUUGCUGGUAGGUGUAAUCCUGCGUUACGGCAUCCCUGCUACCAGCUACAACCACAAAACCCCACCGAGCUGCUCGCUGAAGGAAGGGCCUGUCAGCACCCUGCUGCUUAAUGUCAGCGGCAAGUUCUUUGAGUACACCCUCAAAGGAGAGAUCAACUCCCGCGAGAUUCACAAUGUGGAGCAGAACGACAUGCUGCGCAAAGUGACAUUUGACCCUGAAGUAUUCUUCAACAUAUUGCUGCCUCCGAUUAUUUUCCACGCUGGCUACAGUCUAAAGAAGAGACACUUCUUCAGGAACUUGGGCUCCAUCAUAACAUAUGCAUUUCUGGGCACUGCCAUCUCAUGCUUUGUUAUCGGGAACUUGAUGUACGGUGUGGUCAAACUCAUGCAAAUGGUCGGACAGCUGACUGACAAGUUCUACUACACUGACUGCCUUUUCUUUGGUGCCAUCAUCUCCGCCACAGAUCCAGUGACGGUGUUGGCCAUCUUCAAUGAGCUGCACGCAGAUGGGGAUCUGUACGCUCUGCUUUUCGGAGAAAGCGUCAUGAAUGAUGCAGUGGCCAUUGUGCUUUCCUCGUCUAUUGUGGCUUACCAGCCUAGCGGAGCAAACACACACAUGUUUGAUGCUUCGGCCUUUUUCAAGUCAGUAGGGGUUUUCCUGGGUAUUUUCAGCGGCUCCUUCGUGAUGGGUGCAGCCACAGGAGUCGUCACCGCUCUCGUCACCAAAUUCACCAAGCUGCACUGCUUCCCCUUGCUGGAGACGGCCCUCUUCUUCCUCAUGUCCUGGAGCACGUUCCUGCUGGCAGAGGCCUGCGGCUUUACAGGUGUCGUGGCCGUGCUCUUCUGUGGCAUCACGCAGGCUCACUACACCUACAACAACCUCUCCGAAGAGUCCACAAAGCGCACCAAGCAGCUCUUUGAGGUUCUUCACUUCCUGGCGGAGAAUUUCAUCUUCUCCUACAUGGGUUUGGCUCUGUUCACAUUCCAGAAUCACAUUUUCAGCCCCAUCUUCAUCAUCGGGGCUUUUCUCUCUAUAUUCAUCGGAAGAGCCUUCAACAUUUACCCGCUCUCCUUCCUGCUCAACCUCGGUAGAAGGCACAAAAUCAAAGGAAAUUUCCAGCACAUGAUGAUGUUUGCAGGUCUGCGCGGGGCGAUGGCGUUCGCCCUGGCCAUCAGGGAUACGGCCACCUACGCCCGCCAGAUGAUGUUCACCACAACGCUGCUCAUUGUUUUCUUCACUGUUUGGGUAUUUGGUGGCGGGACCACACCCAUGCUGUCUUGGCUACACAUCAGGGUUGGCGUGGACCCAGAUCAGGACCUGCAGCCCUCAACAGACAGCUUCCAGGUCUUACAAGGGGAUGGCCCCCAGGCUGAAGGUCAAAGUAAAACCAAACAGGAGAGUGCCUGGCUGUUCAGAAUGUGGUACACAUUUGAUCACAAUUACCUUAAACCGAUCCUGACACACAGCGGCCCGCCGCUCACCUCCACUCUGCCCAGCUACUGUGGCCCGCUGGCGAGCUGUCUGACCAGCCCCCAGGCGUACGAGAACCACGAGCAGCUGAGGGACCACGACUCUGACCUCAUUCACAACGAUGGCAACCUGACCUUCAUGUUCGGGGACACGUCCAUCACAGCCAACGGGGCGUCCGGCAGUGGGGUGGACGGUGCCGGGGGGUCGGGCUGGAGCGCCAAUGGAAAAAGGAGCGGCAGCACCUCAGAGGAGGCGCUGGAGCGAGAGUUGGACUCGAGGGAGCAGGAGCUGCUGAGCCGCGGCACGCGCCUGGUUUUCCCCAUCGAGGAUCACGUCUGACCCUGCCUUCCUCCCGCCUGUGCUGUCAAACCUCCCUGACCUCACCCCUAGACCGCCUCGCCCUCAGCUCUCUUCUCAUCCUGCGGGCAGAGCGUCCAGUCCUUCAGAGAUAAGACAGAGUGGAGAUGGGAGUAGACGAGAGGGGAGGGUUCAGAGUGACUCUGAGCUCCAGGCCCGAGAGCAGAGUUCAAGGAGCAUUUUCAUCCUCAUCACAGAGACGCAGUUUAUCCUCUAGGAGACAUAUGACCUCUUGUGCGUCAGGGGACUAAUUCUCCAUGCUGUUAUACUGUGAUUCAGUUUGACUGACUCUUUUGUUGUUUUCAUUUUUUUUGUUUUGUUUCAUCUGCAUAAACGGGAUUGAAACUUUUAUGCAGGACAAGAUGCGAGAUUCAAACUGCACUACUGAAAAUGUGACACUUUGUGUGUUCAGCUGGAGUGUAAAAGUAGUAGAAAAAUGAAAAAUAUUGCCCAACAGCACUCUGUCAUCAUGUGAUCUGACCAGUUUUAUGCCUUCAAAGUUACAUUAGUUAGAACUGAAACGAUGCUAAGUGACUUCUUUGCCAUCGUCCCCCAUCUAUAUGCUAAAAACGAGUCCAAACAAACCAAAUGUUAAUGGUUUAUAGAUUAAACAUGUCCUCUCUGGUCAAUUUGUACCAUUUGUCUGAAGCUGCUCAGUGUGUUAAUGAAGCUUUGUGCAGUUUCACACAAAAGCAUCUGUGUGGAGGAGAUUCUGGCAUCUGAGUGGUGCAGAGAGGGACAACAAACCUUUUACCCUCUCCACCACCAACAACAACAACACCACCACCACCACAGCCCGUCAUGUGUGAAGUUACAUGGGUGAAGAAUACAAGCAUGUAAAUAGCUACAAUGCCAAGCUUUGUUUCUCCUUUCAGUGCGUUACAUCUCAUGACUGAUACAAAAAGCAUCUGUUGUCUUUGAGCUGGCCCGGAUCAUUUUCUGUGUUAAGGGCUGGUUUUCAUAUCAAUAACAGGAACAAGCAAUGGGAGUGUUUCAAUGCUGAUUACAUUGUUUCGUCCUUAGAUGAUGCUGAUUUCCCGAAACUUCAAAUAUCAUCAUUAAUUAUAAACUCUAACACAGUUAAAAAGGAAUUUGAACACUGUCAAAUAAAUGGCAGGCCUUUAUAGUUAUCAUUUUGAUUCCUUUGCACCAUUACUACAUUGUCUGCAGCUUGAAAAAUGUUUAGAAUUAUUAAUUAAGAUGCAUCCAUUUAGGGAAAAUGUGAUGUAAUGUUUGCACAGGUUGGAUUUCUGAGUCCCCACAAGAGCUUUACAGCAAAGCUUGAGGAGGGAAACGUUCUUGAAAGACCACAAGAUUCACCUGACCCACAGUGUUUAGACAUUCUAACGUCCUGAAUAUAAAAAGAGAAGCUCUGAAUGCUAAACGCUUAUUACUGAGGAUUAACACUCAUACAUAACCUCACAAAGCAGAACCCACCUUUUACCUGCAUUAGCAUCAUCUAUAUUCUUUAAACUGUGGUGUCUCUGGACUGUUUAGCCUUUAUAUACUCACAUCAAAUGCUUGUCGAACUUGCUAGCACUUUAAAUGAAUUAUGGACUGAGUUGGGUCUCAUAAAUUACUAAUGUCAAGUAUUUUAAUGGGAUAUUUUUUUAAACUAGUGUCUCGCCUGUUGUUCGAAAACCUUAAGUUCCUGGGUUAACUGCAAUAUUUAUUAACACUUAUAUUCAAAUUUGUCUAGUCCUGUUUCUUGUUUGGAGACAUUUUUUUUAACAUACGUUUCCAUUUUACAAGAAAGAAAAUUCAUGUUUGAAUGUUGUUGGAUAAGACGGUCUUAAAGUAGUAGUUAAACAUGCGCUUCUUCACUUAGAUAAGAAGAUAAGUGCCACUCUCAUAUCUUUCCUUUUUAAAUGUGAAGCUACAGCCAGAAACCAGUUAGCAUAGCUUAGCACAAAGACUGCUAAACAGCUAGCCGAGCUCUAUCUGCUGACAACAAAUCUGCUUGCCAGUACCUCUAAAGCUAACCAGUUAGCAUAUUGCAUUUUUUUUUGUUUAAUUUAAACAAAAACAGCAGAGUAAAAAUGAAAAUUUGACAGUUUUACACAUGUUGAAUUUUGGGCCAAUGUAUUUUGAAUUAGGCUACUAUAAGGCUAAUUUUGUUACCUUUACACAACUUUGGCUAGCUGUUAUCCUGUUUUCAGGCUAAGCUAAGCUAAGCAGCUGCUAGCUGUGGCUUCAUCUAACUCUCUGCCAAACAAUGUAUAAGUGAAGUUGCUUAUUACUUCUCUGGCAGUCACUGCUCAAAAAGAAUCAAAAUCUACAAACUUCCCUAAACAUGUGACCUGAAUUCCUUUAUUAUAUUAAAUUGGACUGAUAAUAAAUAGGAACACAUGUUGCUUCCUUUAAUCGAUCAAUCAACCAAAAAAAAACAUUUUUUUUUUAUUUGUCUCAUGUAUUCAUAUACAGGUACAGUCACAGUGAAAUGUAAUCUCAUCACUGUGAUUGUACCUUUAAGUGGGCUGAUGGUAUCCUGCAUUGUUGGAGAAAAUGAGGUGAACCUCUUGCGGUUAACGCAUGUCAUCACAGCAUUAGAUCAAUUCUUGUGCACAGCAGGUGGAUAACAUCAAAUACAGCAUAUAAUACAUGACAUCAGUUCACCUGUGGCCCAGUUAGCAGCUACACAGAGCAGUUUAACCGAUAAGAGGCUCAAAUCCAGCAUGCAAAUCCUUGAUAAGCGAUUGUGGGCUUUUUGAAUUUCACUUGCCUCACAACUCUGUGUUGGCAUUUUUCCACAAUGAACCACUGAGCCCUAUUGUUUUUUUUUCUACAGGAUGAUUUGUGUCACUCCCACAUAAACUACAGCAAUGUUUCAAUAUUUCUCAUGCAUUAAUUACUCCAUGGCGACCUUCUACAGUUCUUCACUGUUAAUAGGCCCUGUGGGAUUUCCUCCCACACAGCAUGAUUAAGAGGGGAAGUAUUUGGUCAUUUUCCUUCAAGAUGUCAGCUCUUAUCCAACAAAUGUAAAUAGUAGCACAUUAUCUGGUGUCGUUUUCUGGAUCUAAAGAGCUCUGUCAGCCCUGAUCCAGCAUACACAUACCCAUGCCCUAUCUGGGAGUAGGAAGAGGUUCCUCUGUUGUUUCUUUCUCAUGUUCCCCUUUCCUAAGUCUAGGCAUUUGAACUGCUCCCGGUUUGAAAUUCACCACAUAGCACGUGUCGCCUUUGUUUUUCUCCUUCGACUGCACACAGCGGCUCCUGCAUUUAUGUAUGAGUACACAAGGCCAGGUGUGAAAGGCGUGAUUGUGUAAGUUGAAAUCUCAGGCUUCCACAGGAGGGAAGAAGGCCUGCACAAGUUUUAUGGUUUCACCGGGGACCUCCAAGAGGAAAUGAAUCUAGUUAUGUAAGCUGUUGCCAAGCAGUACUGACUGUGGGUCAUUUAAACUUGAGCUGAAGUGAGAAGUAAUGUGAAGCGCGGCGCUGUGAUUUCUGAUGAACAUGUCUGCAGUGCGAUGACAGGGAAGCUUGUCUGUAUCUAGGGCAUUAAAAUAAUCACUUUCACCAUUUUUGUCUCAACAAUCCAUUAAUGUUAGACUCCAUGAUCCUCACACUGCCUCUUCUGUUAUACGGAUAGGUAACGCAGGCAUUCUACAUGCUGUGUGAUUAUGGUAUGAAUGUGAAAAACAGACCAAACUGUGAUUUUUGAUCAUAUCUGUUAAGGAUUUCCACACAUUUACUGCUGUAUUUACUAACAAAAGUGCAUAAAAAAAGGCAGAAAAUUAGCUACUGUAUGUCAACACUCAAGUUCAAACUGACUUUGUGUUUUCUUCAAGAUGUUGGAGCACUUUAUAGACAGCAACUUAAAUGUUGGGUACAGGAAAACAAAUUAGCAGAGUUUGGCACUUUACCUCGAGCAGAGGACACUCGUGGGACUCUUAUAUAACCUUCAUGCGCACUCAUCUCUCUCCAGACUGUUGUGCUGUCAGUUGUCUUUGCUGGCUAUAUUUACUUGCUCUCUUUACCUGAGAAAUAUGAGAUGUAGCUCAGUUGUCAAUAUGUGCACCUGUUGUUUCUAGUAGCAACUGGCUGCAAGGUUCUACCUGCCAUGGUUUGCAUGUCAACAUGUUAAUAAAAAUUGUUCAACUAUAA